AUGGCGAGGCCCGUCAUGCAUCCCGGGACGGGCGGGCGAGGCCCACCAAGUGUCCCGGAACGGGCGGGGCUCGCUAUGCGUACCGGGACGCAUGGUGGGCCCCACGUCCCGGGAUGGAUUGGGGCCCAGAAGGCCCCCCUGCCAAACGCCUCCCCUUGGUUAUGGGCGGGGGAGGCGGGCCCUGGCCUACCAAAUGAAAUCCUCCCCCUGGGAACCUGUUGGGUGGGGCCUGCCACGCAUCCUGGGACUGGCGGGAGGGGCUCGCUACGAGUCCCUGACGGGCGGGCUGGGCCCGCCACGCGUCCCGGGACAGGCGGGCGGGGUCCACCAUGCGUUCAGGGAUGGGCAGGCGGGGCCAAACACUCGUCCUGGGAUGGGCGGGUGGGGCCCUCCACUCGUCCCGGGAUGGGCGGGCGAGGUCAGCUAUGUGUCCCAGGACAGGCGGCGAGGCCCCCCACGGGUUGUCCCCUGGGUCGGGUGCUAUGCCCGCCACCGUGUCCCAUGGGACGUGCGGGCGGGUCCACCAGUGGGCGUUUGUUCAAUAUGGCCGGGCGGGUUGGGUCCACCACGCGUCCCGGGACGGGUGGCUGGGGUCUUCCCAGCAUCCCAGGAUGGAUGGGCAAGGCUCUCCACGUGUCCCGUGACGGGCGGUCAAGGCUCCGCACAUGUCACGGGACGGGCGGGCGAGGCCCACCACAUGUCCUGAGAUGGGCGGGCAAGGCCCGUCCCGAGACGGGAUUCCAAGGCCCCUCAUGUGUCCCAGGAGGGGCGGGCGAGGCCCACCAAGUGUCCCGGAGUGGGCGGGCGGGGCCCGCCAUACGUCCUGGGACGGGCGGGCAGAGCCCGCUACACGGCGUUCUAGGAUGGACGGGCGGGGCCUGCCACUCGUCCCUGGACGGGCGGGCGAGGCCGGCCAUGUGUCCCGGGACGGGCGGGUGGCACCCGACACGUGUCCCAGGACGGGCAGGUGAGGCCCGCCAUGUGUCCAGGGAUGGGCGGGCUAGGCCUGCCACUUGUCCUGGGAUGUUAGAUACUUGGGAGCAGGCAAAAAAUUCCACUACCAGAAAAUAG